CCCGAACUGCUGAAUCGGUAAUUAAAACCCAUCAUGAUCAGUAAACCUCAACAGUGCCCGACGCCCGUCAUGCUAGUCAUUGACUCCCUAGCUAUGGUUCAUUUCUUCAGAAUCUACAAUGGUCCAAGCUGUGCUCUUUUCCGCUUCACGGCUAUUCACAACAUUACCAUCAUGAGUACUAGGUCAUGAUCAUAAUGUUGCCCAGCACCAUAGGUGCUUUUGGGAGAACGUUUACGUCGUUUAGGCCUUGCCGCCUUGGCCAUUCUAUAGAAUCUGUAGUUACUGCCGAGGAGUAGAGCGUUCACUCUUAGUAGAGGACUGUUGUCGUCAACUCCUGCUCCGGUCAAUCUAUGUGUAGUAUGCCGAGUCGGAGUCCAUGUGUUGGGGAGGUAGGUGUCGCAGUGGGUCCUGAGUGGGAAUGCGGCAGCACGGACAAUUUGGGGUCCUUGGGGAGGGGUUAGAGCAUCAGGGGGCUUACACACAUCGAGCUGGGUAGCAGAACAGAUUGCUGUUGGCGUUUCCCCAUGAAGAGGACCCUAGUAAAGAAUUGCUCUUCAUGGGAAAGAGACUAGCGGUGAAGGAAUGAGUGGACACUGGAGAGUGGGUAUGGGGAGGAACUAGAGUAUAACUACAGAGAGCGAUAGACGGUUUCUGCUCGCAGGUAGCCAGGAGAGCUCAGCUUCGAAUAGGCAAUAGCCACAAUAUGUCUUCUUGUCGCCGUUGUCAGUGUUCCCCCCUGCUAUCAUUGUUAUGGUGAUUCUUAUUUGUUUAACACUUACUAGUUCAUAGCUUAAUAGUAUCCGAUCCACACUUAGUAUAUUUGUUCUGGAUUAGCUACUUUAAGUACGGGUCGUCCUGUCUAAUGUGUCUCCUAUACUUCUAAUCACAUACUAGGACUAUCACCUCCAAGUUUCCAACCUCCAGUCACUGGCAGUCAGUACAUGCCACUUGUCGUUUCAUUUUUACCACCGUACUCAGCGUACUGGUCCCUAAUUUUCUAGUAACUACAAGGUGCCGAUGUGCCACAGAGAGCCAAUUAGUGACAACUUGAAGUCAAACUCAGUAAAGUACUAAAGUCAAACUCAACUGUUGUGCAAUGUUCACUGGCUACCGGCUGCAAGUCAUACCGCAUCUCCACCGUGACGUGUGUUAGGUUGGCGAACUUGGCCAUGAUAGCAGAUAACAUCCAGAUGACUCAGAUGUGAGGACCUGGUCUGGAUUCGGUCCUUUGCCUCCUGAAGGUCGUCAGCCUGUCUGCACUUGAGGAUGUGCUUAUUCCGGUAGGGGGAUUAACCUCCAGGCCCUCCACAGUUGGAUGCUGAGGACUCGGGGACUCGGGGAAGAACAGGUGGCGACAGAUUGCAGCUCCACGUCAAUCUGAUCUCAUUGGUAUCACCGGCCGACCUGAUCGACGCACGGAUCUCACGCUGUAGGUGCGCCAAGUGGCAAGUGCAUCUAAAUGGGGCUCCAUGACUUUUGCAAUCCAAUUUCAAAUUGAAGUUUCUACUCACCGUUGCUCAGCAUUGAGUCAGCAAUGCCAGCAGCAUGACCUGUUCAUUGGGCUCCACGGCUGGCGGGUGUUCAGUCCAUGACAUUGUCGACGUUGUCUUCCUCCCUACCGUGCAUCCAUAAUCCAUUCUCCAUUGGAUUCCAAGGUGAUUCAAGCGAGUACUCGGUGCAGAGAAGACAGAUUCUGAACCUGAGGUUGUUACCAGGCAAGGGCACGUUAUCUGCUUUACAAAGAGUGGCACAAAAGGGUUUAAAGGGGUCCAAGCCAGCACUUUUGGUUAGUAUGGUUAUGGGCCUUAUCAUCCGCCUUAUGGCGAGCUCAGGGCUCCGAUUCCCCUCAGAAUCUGUCGAGGCCACAUAGAAACCCCGGAGUGAUGGUACCUCACCAUACACAAACUUAUCUUCAACAGUCUUCAACUUAUCCACAAAAUUAUCCACAUUACUAACUGCAACUUAUCCACAUCAUCUGCAGGCUGCAGCAAAGUAUCCACAAAUUAUCCACAUCAAGCUCUACAACUUAUCCACGUCAUCUGCAACUUAUCCACAAAAUUAUAACCACAUUAAUCAUUAAUAUCUGCAACUUGUCCGCCAAUUAUCCACCUUAUCUGCACAUUAUCCACAACAUUAUCCACAAAGUUAUCUGCACCUUAUCCACAAGAUUAUCCACCUAGUACUUAAUAUGAUAUGCUAGCUCAAUCUCUUUACCGCUCUUAACUUCUCUGUCCAGUUUGUCCAGUCUGUCCAGUCUGUCCAGUAUGUCCAGAUACCUAAACGCUUGAUAUCCACCUACCUAUCCACACCAACUACCUCCACUGGCAGCCACUUAUCCCCUUGUCGCUGUCCACCUUCGGAACACCAAGAUAUCAAAACAUAAGUAUGCACGUGCUUCUCCACACACUUAUAUCCACUUGACCGACCACCUACCUCACGGUCCUCACUUAUCCUCUCUCCCCCAUCAGGUCACCCCCACCACUCCCGUUCCGCUGCCCGUUCCGCUGCGAGCUGAGGACAUCACUCAAGGCUGGGGCGUCUGAGGCUCUGAGCUGGAUGAAAGGAUGACGUUGGGAUCUGCAAUUGCGUUCCCACCUGACACAGUGACUACAAACUGAGGGGGAAAUACCUGACUCAAGGAGUACCAACUUCAAGUUUGGCAGCCGGUAAAUACCCCCUGCAAAUAUCUCUUGCAAGUCCUGAGGACCUGAACAGCGACCCCUUUGAAUCCGGAAAUUCCUAGCGAAUCUGCAACCCUACCCUUUCACAGACAGAAUCCACCCAGGGCCUCCUGUGGACCUAUUGGGCCAUGCCAAUACGGGGACUCGGGGAGAAUCCAGGUGUCUUGCAUUUUCCAUUGGGCAAGAGCCCAAGGCAUAGUCGGCAAAUCGGGAAAUCGGGAUCACCGUUGGUCUACCUAGUGUUGGACACAAACAGCAAGCAUUCAUUUCCUCUCUGUACAGACUCUGACAGUGUGCUCUGGCAAUCUGCUCUGUCUCCGAGUCGAAGAAAGAUAGCAUUCUACUUUUAGCACUGUCUCGCAGUGCGGUAGAAAAGAAGCAAAAGAUAGCAUUCUAUUUUUAGAAAAGAAAUAUGGCGUGCGGGACACUAACAAUUUGACACUU